CCCGCCUAACGCCUGUGGUUUUCAAUCAGGUCCGCCAGAGGUCUAUUUAAAGGGAAGCUAGGGCUCAUCUCGCCACUCGCUACAGCCAUGUCUGGUAGGGGUAAAGGUGGUAAAGGUCUCGGAAAAGGAGGCGCCAAGCGCCACCGCAAGGUCCUGCGCGACAACAUCCAGGGCAUCACCAAGCCCGCCAUCCGCCGCCUGGCCCGGCGUGGCGGCGUCAAGCGCAUCUCCGGCCUCAUCUACGAGGAGACCCGCGGGGUGCUGAAGGUGUUCCUGGAGAACGUGAUCCGCGACGCCGUCACCUACACGGAGCACGCCAAGCGCAAGACCGUCACCGCCAUGGACGUGGUCUACGCGCUCAAGCGCCAGGGACGCACGCUCUACGGCUUCGGCGGUUAAGCUAUGGCCGCGCUUUUCUCUAUAGUCGCAAAAGGCCCUUUUCAGGGCCACCCACAAACUCUGCAAGGAGCUGUUGCGCUGUCGAUCAGCCGGCUGUAGAUACUGUACAGAUACAUAAGCCGUCCUGUCAGGGCUGUCAGUGAAGAGCAAGAGAACUUCUACUUAAAGUCUUGGGCGGCCAUUUUAACCUGCAGGCUGCAACCCAGCUCCGGGAAAAAGCCACAGGGUCACGAAAACAUGGUCAGACGGUGUUCAGCCCCGCAGCCGGCCACUGAGCGUCCCGACACACCCUGGGAAAAGCCCCGGGUCACAACUGCCUAAGGGGAAUGUCCCCGGCUCGCUAAACCAAUGACAUUAGAGGUCGCUUGCUUUU